GGUGGUCACGUGUAUUGGGAAAAAGUCAUCACGUGACUUAAACAAGCUCACCUCCAUAUCUGGAAGUAGAGUGACAGUCUACGCUUUCAACAAAAGUCAAUGUCACAGUUUAGUGGGAGGAAAGAGCAGUAAGAGUUGUGGACGAUGGAGGAAUAUCCAUUAAAAACUUUGGAGAUCGUGUGUCUUGGGUCAAGCCUUGCUCUCUCUGGCCUGUUCUACUACAUCUACAGGAAGAAACGGAAAACAGUGGACAAGCUCAAUGAGGCACCGCAGUUAGCACUCAAUGAUGAGCUGGCAAACCUUUUGAAUCAGGCUCCAGGAAAAUGUCUGCAAUAUGUAAUCAUUGAAGGAGCGGUGCAGCCAAUAGGGGAGCCCCUUAGGAGCCAGUUUCAGGAGGGUACUGUGGGCGUCAUCCAGAAGCUGGUGUUACGUGAGCACAAGCUGGUGUGGAACAGCCUGGCACGCACCUGGACAGACAGUGAGCGCGUGCUGCACCAGCGGGUGAACGCUGUGCCCUUUAACCUGGUAGGCUCAGACCAGGCCGCGGUGCGUGUGCUGUGCCCACUGGAGGCCACGGGCCCCGAGAUGGAGGUGAUCCAUGAGAAGUUCCACCAGGCCAUCUACGGCUUUACUGACCUCAUCGGCCAGUACCUGAGCGGAGAAAAGCCCAAGGGCCAGUUGGAGACGGAGGAGAUGCUGAAGGUGGGUGCAGCGCUGACCGGUGUGGGCGAGCUCAUCCUGGACACGGACCGGGCCGUGAAGCUGCGACCGCCGGCCGACGGCUCCGAAUACUUCCUGAGCACGGGCGACUUCGAGGCGCUGCGUCUGGAGCAGGAGGGCCAGGCGCUGGUGUGGCGCGCACUGGCGACGGCGUGUGCCUUGGCGGGCAUGGCCGUGCUACUGUGGGCUGCUCGACGCUACUACCGCCGCCUGCAGACGAAGUGGGAGCGCGAGCGGCUGCGCAGGGAGUUCGAGCGUCUAGGCUCCGGCAGCCGAGCGGCGUCAGUGUCCUCCUCGUCUGGGACGGCGCAGGAUGGGGAAGAGGGUGAACUGGAGCCCCUGGAGAAUGCAUGUGUGGUGUGCCUGAGUAACCCGCGCAGCUGCGUGCUGCUGGACUGCGGACACGUGUGCUGCUGCUUCAGCUGCUACCAGGCUCUGCCCCAGCCCACCUGCCCCAUCUGCAGGCAAACCAUCAGGAGGGUAGUGCCCCUCUACCAGGUCUGACCCGCAAUCAUGUGCACACACACACACAGACAUGGGGACUUGAAAAGGACAGGAUGAAGAUCUACGCACUAACUCCUACCAUGAACAUGUGCUGUUUUACACACACACACAUACAUACAUACACACACACACACAUACAUACAUACACACACACA